AUUAAACUCUUAUUAACCACUAAAUAUGGAGGUUUUAAGGAAGAAACUAGAGGCCUGUCUGCAGAUUUUAAACAGCACUAACGCAGGCGAUGCAAACUGGUUGAAUGACUUGUGUGCCUUGUUAUUGGACUACUCCACCUUGGUUCACAGCUCCUUGUGCUCCCGAAAGCAGAACGAAUCCUCGGAGUUGGUUUGCCUCUGUCUGAGCCAGAUUCUCACCUGCAUUCGCCAGGUGGAGAACACCAUGAAGAUGUCGGGCGGUAGUUCACAUUCGGCCAGUCAUCAGAAUGUUUACUUCCUGGAUCGCAUUCGGUGGUGCCUCAAACGCCUGCUGCAUCUCCACAGCGAGGACUCGAAUGGGGAUGCACUUACUCCGGAACGCUCCUUUCUGCAUCUGAUGGACGCCACGCUGGACACUUUGGCUCUGUUCACUUCCUACAAUGAGGAGAACUCGGAUCCCUUAAGCUUUCCCCAAUCCCACCAGGAAGUACUUGUUCUCAGCAAACAAUUGCGUGCCAACAUAGAUUUGAUCCUGAGUCAAUCCCUGGGAUUCGCCAAUGUGGCUUUGUCGCAGGACAAAAGAGCUCUCAGUGCUUUGUGUCAGAAGGUAAUCCGCGAGUGCAACGCCUUUCAAGUGGAGUGCAAGGUGCCCAGUGCCUCCUACCACUCCGUACUCAAGCUGAGGGCCAUGACCUUGGAGCAGGCGCUCUACCAACUGGAGGACUUUAUCAACGACGCCCUACUGCGCUUGGUAUUCACCUGCUUUCUGGACUUUGACAAGUUUUCGGUGGACAAAAUAAGAAACCUGCUGAGAAAAAGCACGGAAGAUGAUGCCGUAGCCGAUGAAUUCAUAGCCGACUUUGAUGUGAACAUCGAUCGGGCCACCCAGAUUGGGAUAUUUGCCAUUUCCUUUGCCCCGAGCUUGAAAAUGAAAACCAUGAUGCGCAGCUGUCUGGCCUCCUUUGAGUCGCUGGACACCAGUCUGAUACCUUCGCUGCAGGCCCAUGGCUCCGAGCUGCACUCGGACAUCCUGGAGCAGCACUUCACCGAGGAGGUGGCCAAGUUCAAGGCGGCCCUGCAGGAGAUCAUCGACAGUCGCGCCCUUCUGGGUUGCUGCUUAGAGAUACUGAGCUCGGGCAUUAGUGCCACCGAGAAGCUGUUUGAUAAGCAGCGAUUGGAGGACCUGGCCCAAGUUUCCUUAAUCUUAAUUGAGCACUUUCAACUGGAGGUCAACCGAAAGGGGCUGACCGAAACGAAGAACCAGGCGGGAGAGGAGUACUACGCGCAGUUCAUUCGGAUAUUGCGCGAGUGCAAGGCCAUUUUGAUGUGCGCAUCCCAGGUGGAGCCGCAGCGAAUCCUCAAGCGCUUCAAGAUCCUGCGCACGAUCUUGCGCAAGCUGCACGGCUGCCUGGGCGUUGGCCAGCAGGAAGAGAAGCACCCUAAUCCCUUAGAACCCCUCUUAGUGGUUGAGACGAGCGAUCCAAAUGGCGAUAAUGCAGAUUUAACCCAGUUUACUCGCCGAGGGGGAAGUAUUCUCUACGACACAGAGCGUAGGACUAGAGUAAAUAGAACAAAGGACAAUAAGCUGACCGCAAAUACCUUGGACAUUAAAUCGGAAAAGGCAAAACCUAAUGGAAAUGUUUUAAGAAGAGAAAGUUUACGAACUGUUAUGUUCAAGCGCCAAAAUAUAGCCGAAAGCAGAAAAAUGUAUACCACGAUCAGCAAUCAGUCCACAGAUCUGGAGAUCACAGAUAUACUCGAGCAACUCACUGGAAUGUCCAAUGGCUACUUUGAAUGCUGA